AUGGAGCACCAACCAGUGAUUACUUUGAAUGAUGUGAAUGGUAACAGUACAGAUGUGCUGGUGUCACAUAAUGUGAAGAGCAGGAUCAGGGCAAGAAGUCGUGCGUUAUCCAACCCUAACGAUUAUCAGGAGCUCAAUGUACUAAAUGACCCAGGCAACCAUCCCGAUGAGCAUUAUAAGGCUAUGUCCCCUAUCAGGUUCAAAGUCAGGUCAUGGCUGCGAAAAUAUGUGGAUAAUCAAUCAGAGACGUUAUACUACUGGCAGUCACGAUGGAGGUGUAAAUUCUUGGACUUAUAUUUCAGUUACACGUCCUUGAUGGGCUCUCACACAUUCUAUGUGUUGUUCUUGCCUCUGCCGGUAUACUUUGGUUACUUCGAGUUCACAAGGGAUAUGGUAUAUAUAUUGGGCUACUCAAUCUACCUCAGCGGGUUUCUGAAGGAUUACUGUUGUUUGCCAAGACCAAGGUCACCGCCUCUACAUAGAAUAACACUGAGCGCUUAUACAGCAAAGGAAUACGGAGCGCCUUCAUCUCAUACAGCAAAUGCAACCGGAGUCAGCUUGUUAUUUCUCAUAGCAUUAAUGCAGAGCACACGCUACUCUGGCUUUUCAAAGGCAUUUCUGUUUGCAAUGGUAAUGUUUUAUUAUCUCACUUUAGUUCUGGGAAGAAUAUAUUGCGGGAUGCACGGUGUUCUUGAUCUCGUUAGCGGUACAGCUGUUGGUGUUUUUUGCUGCAUUGUGAGAGUUGCAACGAGUUGGUUACUAUCUGAAUGGGAUUAUGGGAAGGAGUUGUGGUUCCCAGUCUUAAGCGUCGUUUGGGGAUUAACUAUACUGUUCAAGCAUAUUCAGCCUAUAGAUGAAUGUCCUUGUUUUGAAGAUAGUGUGGCAUUUAUGGGUGUCGUUUCAGGGCUGGAAGUAAGUGAUUGGGUUAUCAGGCAUUUCUUUGACGAUAGAUCAUUGAUUUAUGCAUUUACUAAUGAAUAUACAUAUGGUCAAUUGGCCUCUCGGUUAGGAUUUGGGGUGCUAUUGGUAGUGCUUUGGAAAUAUAUUUUGAGUAAACCGUUAGUCUACAGCGUUUUUUUGAAAACAAUAUGUAGAAUGCCUGAUGAUAGACAAGAAAAGCAGCAUUUGAAGAUAGAAUUGACUGCCAAUUCAGGAGAAGAGUGUAUACGGUACGUUGGAGUGGCACAUAUAGAUAUUAUUGGAAGAUUCAUCAUAUAUGCUGGGAUACCGAUAUCAGUGAUGUUGGUAAGUCCGUUAAUUUUAAAAUGGUCUCCAUAA